CAAAUCAAGAAAUGCAGAAUUGUACUCUUAAUGCAUUUUGUUUCUUUGUGACAAUUAAAGUCAGUUUGAAUAGGCAAGCUGCCAUGGACUAUCAGCUGUUUAUAGACAGAGGAUUUUAAAACCUUUUGUUAGUGGUGUUAAAAAUAUCAAAAGGAGUUAUUUGAAAUUGAUAUAUAAGCCAAGCAUAGAUUCUUUAUGUUUUGUUGAGGGAAUUACAGAAAAUAUAAUUAUCUCAACUUUUUCCAUCAGUGUGGUGUCAGGCAUCAUUGUGCAACAGUGUUUUAAAUAGCGAGAACUCUCAAAAAUCCUGACAGUCUUUGCAGAUUCACAGUUUCAUGGGCUUUUGCAUCAUUGCUUCUGAAUUGCUAAUGAAGAGCUCAAUAUAGCUUCUGAUGCAUUUCAGAUAUUCUGAGUGGUGACUGGCUAGAGUGUUACUGACAUCACAACAUACAGCUGUUGACUUUCUAUUGUCUCUGAGUCCUCGGCAAGUGCUUUAGACUGCUCUAGCAGGCACUCUCAGUGCCUGACUAAUCAGCUGGAUGUGUGUGCUGUGAGCUCUGUAGAGGAGCAAUGCAGAACAUCAGUUUGCAGAUACUAUGGAAAGUACAUCUUCAUUAACUCUGUAUGAUGAAGCAAAUACCAAUACAAUGAAGGCCACUGACAGGUAUGAUACAUUUGAUCCAAGACAGUCCAUUUCAGUCCAAGAAUCCACAGUGGUGACAAGGACAUGGGACUCCUCCUGCCAGAUUACAAAUGGUUCAAUACAAUUGACAUCCUGGCUGACAACUGUGAAAAGGAACCUUGGAUUAUUUUAUUUUAUUUUUGUGGAACACCACAAUCCCAAAUCUAUAUUACACAUCAGGCUUCAAGUUCCCUGUAGAAUUCUAAAAUAACCUUUGCUAAUGAGGAUGUCUGAUACUGUUACUGUAAAAGAUGAAACUGAAACAAUGAAGGAUUUGGAGGCAGAUAUGAAAGAUACAACCAGAGUUGAAAAUCAUAUCAAAUCAGAAGCCUAUGGGAAGAUUUUGGCGGAGAAGAAUGAACGUUGUAUUGACAACAAUAUUGAUUUGCAGCGACCAUUGCAGUCAUUUGGACAGACAGGAAAAAGGUCUAAGUCAAGCUCAAAGUUAAAGCUAGUUCGGAGCCUUGCAGUAUGUGAAGAAUCUCCACCACCACCUGCAGCAGAGAUAUCACAGGAUAACCAGGAGAGAAUUCAGAUCCAGCUAACACAAUCAUUUGAAAAAGAGGAGAAGCCCUCAAAAGAUGAAGCAGAAAAAGAAAAAGCCAGCGAUAAGUUGCCCAGAAAAAUGUUAUCAAGAGAUUCCAGUCAAGAAUACACUGAUUCAACUGGCAUAGAUCUACAUGAAUUUUUAGUAAACACAUUAAAAAACAAUCCCAGGGACAGAAUGAUGCUGCUAAAAUUGGAACAAGAAAUUUUAGAUUUCAUUGGUAAUAAUGAGUCUCCACGUAAAAAAUUUCCCCCAAUGACAUCUUACCACAGAAUGCUAUUACACAGAGUAGCUGCUUACUUUGGAUUAGACCACAAUGUUGAUCAGAGUGGGAAGUCUGUCAUCGUAAACAAAACUAGCAAUACAAGAAUACCUGAUCAAAAAUUUAAUGAACAUAUUAAGGAUGAUAGAGGUGAAGACUUUCAGAAACGAUAUAUCCUUAAGAGAGAUAACUCUAGCUUUGACAAAGAUGAUAAUCAGAUGAGAAUACGUUUGAAAGAUGACAGAAGAAGUAAAUCUAUAGAAGAAAGAGAAGAAGAGUACCAGAGAGCUAGAGACCGAAUAUUUUCCCAAGAUUCUCUGUGUUCCCAAGAGAAUUAUAUUAUUGACAAAAGAAUCCAAGAUGAGGACGCUAGUACUACUCAACAGAGGCGCCAGAUAUUUAGAGUUAAUAAAGAUGCUUCAGGGAGAUCAACAAAUAGCCAUCAAAGCAGCACUGACAAUGACUUGAAGUAUUCAGAACCACGACCUUGGAGCAGCACAGAUUCAGACAGCUCCCUCCGAAACUUGAAGCCUGCUGUAACCAAAGCCAGCAGCUUUAGUGGAAUCUCGGUCCUGACAAGAGGUGAUAGUUCUGGAAGCAGCAAAAGCAUAGGCAGGCUCUCAAAAACAGGUUCUGAGUCUUCUGGUAGUGUAGGGUCAUCUACGGGCUCUCUUUCUCACAUCCAGCAGCCUCUUCCAGGUACAGCUCUCAGCCAGUCUUCUCAUGGCGCACCUGUCGUCUAUCCAACUGUCAGCACUCAUAGUUCUCUUUCCUUUGAUGGUGGCCUAAAUGGGCAAGUCGCAUCUCCUAGCACUAGCUUCUUUUUGCUUCCCUUGGAAGCGACAGGCAUACCACCUGGCAGUAUUCUGAUCAACCCACAAACAGGUCAGCCCUUCAUAAACCCGGAUGGGAGUCCAGUUGUGUAUAAUCCUCCUAUGACCCAACAACCAGUUAGAACACAAGUGCCUGGACCUCCACAGCAACCUCUGCCACCCCCACCACCUCAACAACCAGCAGCUAAUCACAUCUUCUCACAGCCUGUUCAUCUUCUGCAGUCCUCUUCACAGCCUAUUCAGUGCUCUACAGCCCCUUACCCAUCCCCGCUCCUGCCAGUCUCACCCACCCAGCAGUAUUCCGUGGAUAGCCUUGGGUCUCAGUUCAGCCACAUGAGUCUUGCCCGCCAGCCAUCUGCCGAUGGUACGGACCCUCAUGCCACCAUGUUCCAGUCCACUGUUGUUCUUCAGUCCCCACAGCAGUCUGGUUACAUCAUGACAGCAGCCCCUCUGCCACAUCCUCCACCACCACCACCACCCCCGCCUCCUCCUCCCCCACUACCACCUGGGCAGCCAGUCCCUACUGCUGGCUAUUCUCCCACUGGACAUCCAGUCAGCCAGCCUGUGCUCCAGCAGCAGGGUUAUAUUCAGCAGCCCUCACCACAGAUAUCAGCCUGUUAUUGUGCUCCAAGCCACUAUUCCUCUGGUCAACCUCAGUAUCGUCCAGUCCCUUCUGUCCACUACAGUUCACAUCUAAACCAACCACUGCCACAGCCUGCACAGCAGACAGGUUAUCAAGUUAUACCCAACCAGCAGCAAACCUACCAAGGAAUAGUUGGAGUUCAGCAACCCCAGAGUCAGAACCUAGUCAGUGGCCAGCCCAGCAACAUUGGAAAUCAGAUUCAAGGGGUGGUCAUCCCCUACCCUUCAGUGCCAUCAUAUCAGGUUUCACUGCCUCAAGGUUCUCAAGGAAUUGCCCAUCAGACCUACCAACAGCCUGUUAUGUUCCCUAGUCAGUCCAGUCAAGGAUCUAUGCCCACACCAGGAAUGCCAGUUUACUACAGCGUCAUUUCACCUGGCCAACAAAAUAAUCUAAGCUCUUCGGUAGGUUACUUGCAACAUCCUGGAUCAGAACAAGUACAGUUUCCUCGAACUACUUCACCAUGCAGUUCCCAGCAGCUUCAAGGCCAUCAGUGUGCAGCUGUGCCACCACCACCACCUGGUGGAGGAAUGGUAAUGAUGCAGCUCAGUGUACCAAACAAUCCACAAUCUCGUGCCCACUCACCCCCACAGUGGAAACAGAACAAAUAUUACUGUGAUCACCAGAGGGGACAGAAGUGUGUGGAAUUUAGCAAUGUAGACAGUAUUGUCCAGCACAGCCCUCAACUCAGUAGUCCCAUAAUUUCACCAGCUCAGUCGCCAGCACCAGCUCAGCUGUCCACCCUGAAGGCUGUCCGUCCCUCUGGACCACCACUUUCCAUCAUGCCCCAGUUUUCUAGAGCUUUUGUCCCUGGGCAAGGAGAUGCCAGGUAUCCAUUACUUGGCCAACCACUGCAGUACAACCCACCUGCUGUUCUGCAUGGACACAUUCCAAACCAACAGGGUCAAUCUGGCAGUAGGCAUGGAAACCGAGGAAGGAGACAAGCUAAAAAAGCUGCAUCCACAGACCUUGGAGCAGGAGAGGCAGUUGUUGGGAAGGUCUUGGAAAUUACUGAACUACCAGAUGGGAUAACUCGCAUGGAAGCUGAGAAGCUUUUUGGGGAACUCUUUAAAAUUGGCGCCAAGAUCCGGUGGCUCCGGGACCCCCAGUCCCAGCCCCAGCUGCGUCGUCACCCACUCUGCUGUGGCAGUGGGGACAAUACCGUCAAUCCUGAACGCUCUAAACCCAGUGACUUGGCCUCCACGUAUACCGUCUUAGCCACAUUCCCCUCCAUUUCAGCUGCACAGAAUGCAUUGAAGAAACAGAUUAACUCAGUUAACAAGUUUAAGCUGAGAACAAGCAAGAAACACUAUGACUUUCACAUUUUGGAAAGGGCAAGUUCUCAGUAACAGCCACCUUUGGACCUUAUGAUUCCCCUGCCCUCUCCCAUCUCUGAUUGGCUUGGUAUUUGGAGCUUCUGUUAACAUUAUAGAGACUCCUAGGACGUGUGGUCUUGAUGUUAUAGCUUUUGAAGAAAGGCCAGUGAUCCAGCAAAGGGGAAACAGAUACACAUUGCACCCCAGAUGACUGUAGGAAUCCACAUCGGAAUGAUACAGAGUUAGCAGCUUUUUCUAAGGAAAUGCUGUUCAAAUGCCUCCUAACUUUUAUAGUUAUUUUGUUUUAUAUUUCUGAAUUCUUGUAUCAGAUCCAAAGCUCUAUUGUACAGCAAACUACUCUUCAAAAUGAUUAUAACCAGUUGCAACCUGUAUUUCUUUUUUAUAGCCAGCACAUUGUGACCCAACUUAGAAUUUGGGGGAAAAAGAAUGCAGGAGUGGAAAAAAUAACCAAGUCAGAACCAUGCACUAUCGUUGUGGGGGCUAGGGUUGCUCAAAAGAGCCCACAAAUAGAAGAUUACUCUUCCCUUGAAUCUCUAAACACAGAAACAAUUUCCAGAAAAUAAAGAACUCCCUCAUAGGGUCCUUUCCGUAUUCAUUUAGGUAGUAUGAACAUUAAGUGUAACGUAAAUUAUGUUCUUAAUGCCUCCUAAUCAAACUACUCAGAUUCAAAGGGGGGAUGGGAAUCAUUCUUGACAGGAAAAUACUUGUACUUCCACCUUUUUAAAAUGUCCCUCCAAUAAUUAAAUGCCACUUAUUACAUUCCCCUCCUUAUGGAUUUUUUUGUCACCUAAGGAAAUGUAUUUAAUGAGUGCUGGAAACUUCUUAAGUGGUUUAAAAUUUGUUUUCAUUGUUUGCAGCAGAUCACUGGAGAUCAAAGAUUCAUUGCACUUAUGAACAAGGAACCUUCUUUUCAAUUUCUGUGUAAUUUGCAAGGCUGUACAAUGUGUGCUGAUGCAAGCCUUUUUCAGUUCAAGAGAAUAAAUGUUUACAAAUAUA